AUGGGAUCUCGAGUCCUCAUGUAUGAGGCUCUCGACCUCUCUUCCCGGUUCCAAGGGUCAAAGUCGAGAGAAGAUAAACGACACGGCACCUUCCACAUUUUCACAGAUCAAAACAACGAAAAGCCCACAAAUUUCACGAAUUCCAUUCGAGCGUCGAGGCUAAAAAAGAAAAGCUCUCAGCGAGUCAACUCUCUCGCGGAUAAUGGUGGUGAGAACCUGGCCAUAACAGCUGGCGAUUACAGACGUAAGGAAUCAGUCACGGAAGCCAGCCACGCUUCUCCUCGCAAAACAUCACCACAUUCUCAUCCCACCCAACGUACUCGGAGUGAAAUUCAGCGCAAAAACGACGCCCCCCUCCAACAGGUGUUGUUGAAGACAAAUGUUCGAGGUUCCCCAAUAUCAGCUGGCAAGAAGCAUCAUCCGCAGUCACAGGGCACAAGGGGAAGCAAGAGGGCAUGCCUUGAAUCAACGGAUCCGGCUCAACAUGGACCGAGAGACCCCUCUAGUCUCCAUAGGAGACUUGGUCACAAGUCGAUAGCUCGAUCUCUGGGAUACUCUCAAUCCUCCCCUAUUCGUCCUGAAAGUCAAACUAAAUGGAACACGAAAGUCGUGCCUGCACCUCGGCACAAGGUUGCUUUACAACCAAGCUCUCAUGUCACGCAGCCGCCUGUGAUUCAGGUGGAUGUGCCCGGCAGAAAUGGAGGCAAAGAGAACAUACCACCUGGUGCACCUCGCCCCAUGUUGACGAAAAAUUUCGAUGCAGUAGUGCCUUUGAAAGAAUAUACUGAUGUCGCAGAGGAUGACCGGCAGAGUAUAAGAAAUGAGCAAGCGGAGCAGAGGUCGGGAGAGUCGCUGAUUCAUGCUCGCCCUUCGGAGUGUGACAUUGCUCCGAGUCGGGUAAGGGCAGUCUCCCAAAAAGAGGAUCUUCCUCAUCGUGAGCUCCACUCGAAGCUCAAAAAGACGCCGGGCACCGUCACGGCCAGACGGCCUGCCGCUGUUCUGACCCAAAGUCUGUCAAAGCCGCUUCGGCACGGAAUCGAGGAUUCCUUGCGCCUGAAGACCAUCAAUGCUCAGCCCAUGAGCUCUCUUCCAGAAGAUGAAAAUGAGAAUUCGACGGGCGAAUAUUCGACCGGUGAAGUUGUGGAAUUUUGGCGUCCAUUCGAUGGUGGGCCCUAUCCGACAUUGCACAAUGUCGACUGCAGUGCCAAACUUCUCACCUGCGACAUACGACAUCGGGUACAAAUGACCAACCUCGUCGAUAUUCCCGUGUUCACAUCGAGACGCAAGCACUCCCUCGCCCACAUGAGACCUGUAGAUUUUUCAACUUCGGAAGAGACCCGGACACUCACUAGACAACUGAGACUAGUCCGUGAUCGAACCACAAUGCUUCACAACGUACAUAUCGUAUUCUCAGCUUUGAGCUCAUUCGACUUCUCUCAAUACAUUCCGUCGAGCGUGAGCGCGAACGAUAGCGUGGAUGCGAAGUGUCAGCAACUUACCGCGUUGCUAUUGACACUCAUCCGAGCUUGGAAUCUUGCAGAAUUCUUGGACUUAUAUGAUUUGCGGAAUAUUUUCAUCACACAAACCUGCUCUUGA